GGGUCUCUCUUUUCUUCCCUCCUUAGUCGGUUCCGGUUGAAGCUUAGUGGCUGCUAUUGGCUUAGUGACCCCAUCCGGGCAUUCGGUGCAGCGUUAUCGGUCAUCGUCCCAAUAUGGCGGAGGCUUCAUUUGGGAGUUCGAGCCCAGUUGGCUCUUUAUCGUCUGAGGAUCAUGACUUUGACCCUUCUGCUGAAAUGCUGGUACAUGAUUGUGAUGAUGAGCGAACUCUUGAAGAAGAGGAAAUUAUGGAAGAAAACAAGAAUUUCAGCUCUGAAAUUCAAGAUUUAGAAAAGGAAGGAAACAUGCCACUGGAAGAUUUACUGGCAUUCUAUAGCUGUGAACCUGCAAUUCCAGUUAUGGCUGGUUCUAGUGCAGAUAGCUCUCCAAGUGAACUUGCAGAUGAACUUCCAGAUAUGACUCUAGAUAAAGAGGAAAUUGCUAAAGACCUCUUAUCGGGUGAUGAUGAAGAAACACAGUCUUCUGCUGAUGACUUGACACCAUCAGUUACUUCACAUGAGGCUACCAACUUCUUUCCUCGGCCAUUAAGAUCAAACACUAUGUGUGAUGGAGAUAAGGAAUCAGAAGGUGAAGGCGUAGAGGCAGACAGUGGUAAUUCAUCUGAAGAGUUGAGAAAGGAAAUAAUGGUUGGUUCACAAUAUCAAGCUGAAAUUCCACCUUACCUUGGCAGAUACCAUAAUAUUGAAAGGGCCUAUGAAAACGAAGACCAUUUACUUUGGAAACCUGAUGUGAUCUCAGAAAGUAAAGUUAAAGAAUACCUGUUUGAAACCUCCUUAAGAACAGGAAAUGAAAACAUGAUAUGCAGAAUUCCUGAAGGACUACAUACACGGGACAAUGAACAAGCACUAUAUGAACUUCUCAAAAGUAGCCAUAAUGUUAAAGAAGCAAUUGAGAGAUACUGUUCAAAUGGAAAGGCAUCUCAGGAAGAGAUGACAGCAUGGACAGAAGAAGAAUGCAGAAGCUUUGAACAUGCACUUCUGAUUUAUGGAAAAGACUUUCAUCUCGUACAGAAAAACAAGGUAAGAACCAGAACAGUUGCUGAGUGUGUGGCUUUCUAUUACAUGUGGAAAAAGUCAGAACGUUAUGAUUACUUUGCUCAGCAAACAAGAUUUGGAAAGAAGAGAUAUAACCAUCAUCCAGGAGUUACGGACUACAUGGAUCGUUUGGUAGAUGAAGCAGAAGCCCUUGGAGAAGUACAUUCUUCAGCCUUAACAUCUCAUACUCGAACAGAAACCAUUCCUGAUCAACAGCUAAGCAUUCUGAACUCUAUUACUGCUAGUGAGCUGACAGCAUUGACAAGCAGUGUAGCUACAGUCUGCCAUGAUUCAGAUGUGAAUUGCCUGGAUGAUACCUUUCCUCCUAUGGACAGCUUACCCCGAGCACCAGUUAAUCAUGUGCCUGUUGGAACAGAGGAAUUGCUUAACUUGCCUAGCAGUGGUGAAAGCGAUUGUUUUAAUUUAUUUGAGACUGGCUUUUAUCAUUCAGAGCUAAACCAAAUGAACACAUGCAGUGAGGAAACAGAAAGACCUGCGAAGAGGUUGAAAAUGGGGAUUGCUGUCCCAGAAUCUUUCAUGAAUGAUGUCUCUGUAAAUAAUCUUGGUGUGGACUUUGAUAACCAUGCACACCAUAUUACCAGUGCCAAAAUGGCUGUUUCAGUGGCUGACUUGAGUUUAUCUGCAAAUGAGACAAAUGGUUUUAUUAGCACCCAUGCUCUUCACCAACAUACUGCCCUUCACUCAGAAUGACUGUGGAAAACUAAACAAACAGUGGGUACUUUAUGCAGUAGUAGUAAACUUAAUGGGAGCUAUCAGGUUUGCUUAGUCUUUCACUGGAAGUUUGAAUUUUGACAUCAGUGAUGUCUCUUUAUGUAUAGAACUAUAUCUUGAUUUAUCAAGAGUAAUUUCUUUUUUCAGUCCAGAAGUGUGGAGAUGUUUGGUGGAAUUUGGGACUGUAGAGAGAGGCCACCAUUUCAAAACCAGCACAGAAGUUCUGAACUUAUUGGAGUGGCUUUUUAGUCUAAGUUACUUUUGCCAUAACAGAUACAGUGUAAAACAACAUUUAGAGGUACUGAUACUGAUUCUCUGCUCAUUGUAGCUCCCACCCUCUUAUAAAGGGAGGGAUGGGCUUCUCUAAAUUAAACUACACAAAUAUACAAGGAUGUUUUUUUAAAUGGAAACUUCUUUCAUGUGAUACCAGAGUACUUCAGUUUAAAACCCAGCAAGUUCAUCUUGGUGGAAGCUAGCACAAGGGACUUAACAUGAGUAAAGCAUGAAGACCUACACUUGGAUGCUGUUGCAAAAUUAUAGGACAUGGCUACCUUACAUAGAAGUAAUUAUGCUGUCAGUUAUCUGUGUACUUUAAACUUACUAGCUUAAACAGAUGCAUCUUAGGCUAUUGUAUUCAGAUGCGGUUUGUCCACAACUUUGAAGAUGAAUGCACCUGUGUAAUUUAACUUUCCUAAGGCAGCUGAUAUAUGAAAGCUACAGUCUGCAUAGCUUAGGAUUUAUCAGUAAACAAACAGUCUGUGUUUUGGAAGACAUCUUGAAUUAUUUGGAACACUGCAGUUCAAAUUUUUAAAAUUUUGAGGGACUAACUAAUUUUUCUAAAAAUAUUAGAACAUUGAAGUAUGUAUCCAAAAGUUUUUCUUCAAAGUGGAUUGCAUCUAUUUGUUUUGGCAAGUCACUGGCUCAAAAAUGGCACUUAACUACAUUGGUCAAAUAUAAGAAAGGAUGAGUAAAAAUGUUUCCCAUAAAAGCAACUAUUUAACUUAAGUAUUUUUUUACUUUAAACAUUGAGUGCAAUUUAGCCAUCCACAAAAUUUUUCUUGCAAAUGUUUUUUCCAGUUCUUGUGGAACAACGUUACUUCAGUAGGAUAACCUCUUUCCCUCUGUACUUUUUCUUUGCACUGUUUGUAUUACAAAUUUAAUUGCCACUAAUUUGUUUUCAUUAUUGAAGUAAUUAAGUAUGUGUUGGUGAUAUUUGUAAUAGUUGCUUCAAAGUUAUGCUGAGUAAUUAUAAAGUAAUGACUUUAAUAUUUGGAAAGGAAGAGGGUAUUUAUUAUGUGUACUGUGAAGUGUAUUGACAUCCUGAGUUUCAGAUGCAACAUAUGGAGUUUUCUUUACAGCACUGUAAUGAAGAUUGCCUUGAAGCAUUUAUGCAAUAGCACAUUUACCAUAUUAAAAGAAAUUAGUGUAGCACAGUGGACAAAAAUAAUUUGUAAUCACUUCUUAGCAUAUACAUCUGAAAUAUGUAAUUCUAGUAAGUACACAGUAAAAAAUGGGUAGCCUUGGCCCUAUGUUGUACUCUUGACAUAUUUAGCCAAGUUGUCAGCUUCUUGUUGCUGUGUUUUGUGCUGAACUGCUUACCUUGUUUCUUUUGUUUAUGAAUCAACACAUUUUAUGUAAUUUUGUAAAAUACUGGCCAUAGUCCUUCAUUGUUAUAUGUUCAAAUUUAUGGGUUUGCAGAAAGUGGCUGGUCUGUAUAAAAAUCAUUAUACAAAGAUGACUGAAUGCUUAUACCAGUUGCACUUAAAUGAACGUGCCCAUUCUUAUUAGCUGAUGCAGUAAUAUAUUCAGUUUAUCUAUGCAUUGCUGGGCUCUUAAUGUAGAUGGAGACUUGUGUAAGGUUUGGGUUGCAGCAAGUUGAAUGGACACCUUAGUUAUUAAAUACUUUUGACCAAAAUUCAGAAAAUGAGAGAAAAAUUAAUUCCAGCUAGUCUAAUAGAUUUUUAGAUGCUGAUCAUAUUUAGCCUGUUGGCUAGCUAGCUCAUAUUGUUUACUUUUAAUUCCUUGUUAAAAUGAGGCAAUAAUUUGCAAGAUUUUGUAAAUAUGUAAAUUCUUCAUAUCUUUAGAUACCUGUUUCAAUAUUUUCUGACUACUUAUGUGUAUAGUAACAUUUUUGUGUGUGCUUGAUGUGAAAUUCAUAAAUUUGUGCCACUAUGACUUUAUCCAUGUCAAAUAGCUAUUUAUUGAAUUUUUCUUUCAGAAGCUGGAUUUAAUUAUUUUUCUCUCAGUUUAAACAUUUAAAAUUGAGAACUUGUUGCUGUUUAUUAAAAGAAUUGUGUUUUGAAAGUCAGCAUGAAGAUAAAUGAAUUUCAACCAUAUGAAGAAAUUGUAUUGCCUUGGUUCUUUGAUGGUGAAGCACGAUUCUUAUAACAAACUGUGAUGAAUUCUUUGUCCUCUGCCAUACUUUUUCUUUAUACAAACAAACCAAAAAACCAUAAUGGGCAAUUGCAAUGUUGGUAAAUAUAUCCUUUUUAUAUACAGGGAGUCUGAAGAGGAUAGCUGAUUAAUUUAAAGUGUAACUUGGCAUUUUGAUUAUAGCAAUACUUUUACUUUGGUUGCAUGUAUGUCAUCUUUUCAUACUAGGUUUUUAAAUAUUAAGUUUUCCUCCUGUUAUGGUUAAACUGCUGAAUUUACUUGGAGGUUACUAAAUUGUGUACUAUUAGGUCAAAGAAUUGUGCAAUUAUUUCCUGUUUUGAUUUUUGAGGGUCAAAAAUGUAGUAGUGAUACUACUAAUUUAACCAAAGUUUUUAGGUGAAUAUUUCAAUUUUGAAUGUAAACUAAUGGAGAAACUGACCAACAGGGACACUAUUUGCCCAGCAUUACAAGCACAUUGUCUACAGAUGGGGAAACUAAAUACAGUAAUUUAUAAAAUAAUGACAAGGUUACUAUAUAUUUUUUUUUAUAUAUAUAUUCCUGGUUUUCAUUGGAAGAAGGAAAAUACUGUCAAUUGUAAAAUACAGUAGGUAUGGUUAUAGUCCUCUUAAUAAAACAGAGUUUCCAGUUAUUCAAAGUACAUCCCUGUGCAUAACAACAUCUUUAGUGAAAAUUGGAACGUGUUUUUAAUAUCAGAUGCUCAAGAGGAAGUUGCUGUUGUUGCAUUGGUUUUAAUAUUUGAACAUAAACACUGAUAUUUUUUUUAAGCAUUAUUUUGUAUUUGUUGUACUUUAAUACCUGGUGUACAAGUCCAGAAAUAAAUGUCUGGAAACCUUUCUUUA